GGGAAGUCGCUAUAGAGACCGAACGGCUUCCCGCUCACGGUUGGCAUCAACAGCGCUGAGGAGGGAGGGUGUACUUUUGACCAGAAAGGCGAACUUCUGAGGGCUCUUGGAGCGGGGAUACCUGACUGGCAAGCGGGCGCGGAGACAAGUUAAGGAGCAGAGGCCUCAGCGCUCCGAGUUCCUCUCAGAGGCACGGCGCUGUGCGCUCGGACUAGGUGCUCACCUUGCACAGGUAUUAACUGUGCAACCAAGAAGAUUUUUUUUAUCAAUGUAGCAACUGGAUGAUCAAAAACAGAAAUCAUAAUGAGAUUAAAGACAUCUCUGUUGAAGGAACCAAAACAUAAGGAAUUGGUUAGUUGUGUAGGCUGGACAACAGCAGACGAUCUUUAUUCAUGCAGUGAUGACCACCAAAUUAUUAAAUGGAACUUGUUAAAUGGUGAGACAACACAAGUAGCGAAGCUUCCUGAUGAUAUCUAUCCCAUCGAUCUUCACUGGUUUCCCAAAAGUUUUGGUGGAAAGAGACAAACUCACGCUGAGAACUUUGUACUUACAAGUUCUGAUGGCAAGUUCCAUUUGAUUUCCAAGACUGGAAGAGUUGAAAAAAGUGUAGAAGCCCACUGUGGAGCUGUACUUGCAGGGAAAUGGAAUUAUGAGGGAACAGCACUUGUUACAGUUGGUGAAGAUGGACAAGUCAAAAUAUGGUCUAAGAGUGGAAUGCUGAGAUCAACUUUAGCACAACAAGGCACACCGAUAUAUUCAGUAGCAUGGGGUCCUGAUUCUGAAAAGAUUCUUUAUACAUCAGGAAAGCAGUUGAUUAUCAAACCACUUCAACCAAAUGCUAAAGUUCUGCAGUGGAAAGCUCAUGAUGGAAUUAUUCUAAAAGUUGAUUGGAACUCUGUCAAUGAUCUUAUUCUAUCAGCUGGUGAAGAUUGCAAAUACAAGGUGUGGGAUAGCUAUGGUCGUCUAUUGUAUAGUUCACAGUCGCAUGAGUAUCCUAUCACUUCCGUUGCUUGGGCUCUGGAUGGGGAGUUAUUUGCUGUGGGGUCCUUUCAUACCUUACGACUUUGCGAUAAAACUGGGUGGUCCUAUGCCUUAGAGAAACCAAACACCGGCAGCAUAUUUAAUAUUGCUUGGUCUACUGAUGGCACGCAAAUAGCGGGGGCUUGUGGAAAUGGACACGUGAUUUUUGCUCAUGUUGUGGAACAACGCUGGGUGUGGAAAAACUUUGGAAUAACAUUAACUAAAAGAAGAACGAUGGAGGUUCGUAAUGUACUUAAUGACGCAGUGGAUUUACUGGAAUUUCGAGACAGAGUCAUUAAAGCCUCUUUGAACUAUGGGCAUUUAGUAGUUUCAACAUCUCUUCAGUGUUACAUAUUCUCGACUAAAAACUGGAAUACACCAUUAAUCUUUGACCUUAAAGAAGGAACUGUCAGUUUAAUUUUACAGGCAGAAAGGCAUUUUCUUCUUGUAGAUGGUGGAGGGCUAUAUUUAUAUUCUUAUGAAGGACGUUUAAUUUCCUCUCCAAAAGUUCCAGGAAUGAGAACGGAUAUACUAAAUGUUCAGACCAUUUCUUUGAGUAAUGAUACCCUAGCAUUAAGAGAUAAAUCUGAUGAAAAAGUUAUUUACCUGUUUGAGCCUUUAUCUGGAAAGCCCUUAGGAGAUGGGAAGCCCCUUACUCAUAAGACAGAAAUCAUGGAAAUUGCCUUAGACCAAAAAGGACAUACAAAUGAAAGGAAGAUUGCUUUUAUUGACAAAAAUAGAGACCUUUAUAUAACAUCAGUGAAGAGAUUUGGUAAAGAACAGAAGGUUAUCAAAAUAGGAACAAUGGUGCAUACUUUGGCGUGGAAUGACACAUGCAACAUACUCUGUGGACUUCAAGAUACACGCUUCACAGUCUGGUACUAUCCCAAUGUGGUAUAUGUAGACAAAGAUCUCUUACCAAAAACCCUUUAUGAAAGGGAUGCAAGCGAAUUUAGUAAAAAUCCCCAGAUUGUGAGUUUUGCUGGAAGUCAAGUAACGGUCAGGAGAGCCGAUGGCUCACUUAUUCACAUCAGUAUUUCACCUUAUCCAGCCAUACUCCAUGAAUAUGUCAACAAUUCAAAAUGGGAAGAUGCUGUCAGAUUAUGUCGCUUUGUUAAGGAUCAAACAUUGUGGGCAUGUUUAGCUGCUAUGGCAGUAGCCAGUAAAGAUAUGAAUACAGCAGAAGUAGCCUAUGCAUCAAUAGGUGAAAUCGACAAAGUUCAGUAUAUCAGUUCUAUUAAAGAUCUUCCAUCAAAGGAAUCAAGAUUGGCUCAUAUCCUGCUUUUCAGUGGAAAUGUACACGAUGCUGAAACACUGCUUCUUCAAGCUGGCCUUAUUUAUCAAGCUAUUCAAGUCAACAUUAACCUUUACAACUGGGAAAGGGCACUAGAACUUGCAGUGAAACACAAGACACACGUUGACACGGUUCUGGCUUACCGACAAAAGUUCUUGGAUGACUUUGGUAAAAAAGAAACAAAUCAGAGGUUUUUGCAGUAUGCAGAAGGGCUUGAAGUCAACUGGGAUAAAAUCAAAGCCAAAAUAGAAUUGGAAAUUGCUAGAGAGAGAGAACGAGCUGCAGCUACACCAGCAGUCAGAGCAAGCGUAACCAUACAGCGCUAAGUAGCAUGCUGAUUAUAUUAAGUGGUGGUUUUAUCACUCUGCUACUUCAGCAUACUGGUAAGCCUUGGUAUUUUGGGAUGGACAGUAGUGCCUGACUCCCAUAUCCUGGACUUUCUAUAGCUAUUGCUUUAUUGUUAAUGCAAAUGAAUUUGUAUGUAUGUCAUCUUAUGCUACGAACGACAAUCCUAUUCUGGUCAUGGUAAUAUGAAAAGUUUGGAAUGAGCAUGACAUAUGUUACCAGAAUCAGGUUCUCUGACUUGGUUUCUCAAAAGAAAAUUGUUGGUCUUGGUAGCAGAGCUGAGGCAGUGGAAACUAUUACAUAAAUAAAUGGUCAACUAUUAAGAUUACCAAUAGACAAGCAUGGAAUUUAUUUUCAAAGCAGACCACUUACCUAAACAUAUUUAUGCCUAAGGAAGGUCUUUUUGUAUACAAGUUUAUGGAUCAGAAGUAUAAUCUGCCUGAAAACUGAGGAAGCAUUAUACCAUGAGCACAGACUGAUGUCCUGAAACUGCUGGAUAAUGAAUAUUUCCAAGGAAUUUAAUAAAGUUUCUGAUUUGAUUUUCUUUUGUAAAUGAUUUUGAGAUUGCAGGGUUAACUUUAGCAGAAGCAGCGCAAUGAACCCUGCUAGCAUGAAACAAAUUUUGUUGAUAUAGACAGUGGCAUACAAGAUGGUUGAUGUAAUGGGUAGUCCUUAAUUGAACUAACUUCUGUUGACACUGAAGUAUACAAAACAUAAACUCUGUACAGUGAAUACCAGCAUAUGCAAACACCAAACUAGAGAUACUUUUUUAAAACUUAUUUUCUCCCAAGUUCAACAUAGCAAGUAAUCCAUCUAACACUGUGCAUAUGUUGUAAAACGUGUUUGUUUAAAAUGACACUUAUUUUUUCUAGAAAUAGUUAAUGCUAGGUGAUAAGGCCUUUCUAUUUUUGAAAAGGUUCAGAUAUCCCCGUUCUUUAAAAGCAUUUUGUGAUGGUAAGCUGUCCCAUGUCCCUUAUUUAUAUAUGGUAUUUCACCAGUGCACUGGGGAUUUAGAAAAACCUCAAGCCACUUUAUUGGUGUAGCCUCAUUACUUGUCCAAAGUAUCUCCAUUGCCAAUGAUUUCAAGAAUACAGCACUAAUGUCCUGAUUGUUUAAUAGGCAAAACACAAUAUUUUAUGGUGAUAUCAGUAGUAAAAUAUUUUUGUACAGUAAAUCAUUACUUGGAAUCCUUUUGUAACUGGUGUUAAUGGAAAUGCUGUGCCUUUCAUAAUAAAUGCAUAAAUUAU